CAUACCCGGUGUUCCCGCCUCACCGCUCGCCUGCUACUCCAGACAUGCAGGGACCCUGGGCGCUGCUGCUGCUGCUGCUGGGCCUGAAGCUGCAACUCUCCCUGGGCAUCAUCCCAGCUGAGGAGGAGAACCCGGCCUUUUGGAACCGUCAGGCAGCCAAGGCCCUGGAUGCCGCCAAGAAGCUGCAGCCCACACAUACAGCCACCAAGAACCUCAUCCUCUUCCUGGGCGACGGGAUGGGGGUGUCUACGGUGACAGCCGCCAGGAUCCUAAAGGGGCAGAAGAAGGGCAAACUGGGACCAGAGACGCCCCUGGCCAUGGACCGCUUCCCAUACGUGGCUCUGUCCAAGACAUACAGCGUAGACAAGCAUGUGCCAGACAGCGCAGCCACAGCCACGGCCUACCUGUGUGGGGUCAAGGGCAACUUCCAGACCAUCGGCUUGAGCGCAGCCGCCCGCUUUAACCAGUGCAACACGACCCGCGGCAAUGAGGUUGUCUCCGUGAUGAACCGGGCCAAGAAGGCAGGGAAGUCCGUGGGAGUGGUGACCACCACACGGGUGCAGCACGCCUCGCCAGCCGGUGCCUACGCACACACGGUGAACCGCAACUGGUACUCGGACUCCAACAUGCCUUUCUCCGUCCUCAGGGAGGGCUGCCGGGACAUUGCCACGCAGCUCAUCUCCAACAUGGACAUUGACGUGAUCCUAGGCGGAGGCCGAAAGUACAUGUUUCGAAUGGGGACCCCAGACCCUGAGUACCCCCAUAACUACAGCCACGACGGGAUCAGAAUGGACGGGAAGAACCUUGUGCAGGAAUGGCUGUCGAAGCACCAGGGUGCCCGGUACGUGUGGAACCGCACUGAGCUCAUGCAGGCUUCCCUGGACCCGUCUGUGACCCACCUCAUGGGUCUCUUUGAGCCCGGAGACAUGAAAUAUGAGAUCCACCGAGACCCCACACGAGACCCCUCCCUGAUGGAGAUGACGGAGGCCGCCCUACGCCUGCUGAGCAGGAACCCCCGAGGAUUCUUCCUCUUUGUCGAGGGCGGCCGCAUCGACCAUGGUCAUCAUGAAAGCAGGGCUUACCGGGCACUGACUGAGACGAUCAUGUUCGACGACACCAUUGAGAGGGCGGGCCAGCUCACCAGCGAGGAGGACACGCUGACUCUCGUCACCGCUGACCACUCCCACGUUUUCUCCUUUGGUGGCUACCCCCUGCGAGGGAGCUCCGUCUACGGGCUGGCCCCCGGCGAGGCCCAGGACGGGAAGGCCUACACGGAUCUCCUAUAUGGAAACGGUCCCGGCUAUGUGUUCAAAGACGGCGCCCGGCUGGAUGUUACCAAGAGCCAGAGCGGGAGCCCCGAGUACUGGCAGCAGUCAGCAGUGCCCCUGGAUGAAGAGACUCCUGCAGUCAAGGACCUGGGUUUUGCCCAUGGCCUGCAGGCACACCUCGUUCAUGGCAUGCAGGAGCAGACCUUCAUAGCGCACGUCAUGGCCUUCAGAGCCUACCCGGAGCCCUACACGGUCUGCCCCUUGACACCCCCCAGCACCACCAAUGCCUCGCACAAAGGACCCACCAUGGUCCCUGAGUGGCUACCUCUGCUGGCUGGGAUCCUGCUGCUGCUGGGGGCGGCCACUGCUCCCUGAGUGCCCUGUCCCUGGGGCUCCUGCCUCCCCAUCCCGGAGGUCUGCUCCCCACCUCCAGUGUCCUGCCCAGCCUCCAUUCCGAGCUGUCUCCCCUGGAGUCUCCACACAGAUGUCUUGCCAUGGAACCUUCACCUCCCCGUGUACCCUGGGGACUGAGCCCCACACCAAACCUGCCCCUUGGCUGCUCCAGGACUCCCUGCCCUAAAUCCUGGGACUGCGGGUUGUGUCCUGCGGCUCCCUGCACCCCAGGAAAGGAGGGGGCUCAGGCCAUCCAGCCCCCACCUACAGCCCAAUGAGUACAAGGCAGGCUCUGCUCUCUUCCUGGGGAAAAGCAGCACCCAGACCCCGCACCUCGCUGAUCUCUGCUUCAGUCCUUGAAUCACCUGUGGGACUUGAGAACUUUGAGCAUCAGGAUGCCUGGAGAAGCGUGGCUUCCUGCCACCCUGCUGGUCAAGGAGGCUGCUGGGGUGGACAUCCCCAGGGGGAUUUUGACUCAGUCCUCGGCUGCCCCCACUGGGCUAAUUCCACACCCCUGCACCCCUCCAAGGGACCCCAAAUCACAACUAUUCAUAUGUUCCACACCCCAAAUGCCCAU